UACCAUAUUUUAUAUGUCACUUGAUAAUUUUAUAACUCGAUGAGGUUCGUGGAAUUUCGCCAAACUUAAUUGAAAGGGACAUACAUCUUAAGUCGAUCCUCCUAUAAAUUGCAGCUAUUGCUGCUUGUUAAAUACUAUCCACUAAAAUUUGGCAUUUCCUAAUUCCUUUGAAAAUAUGAAUAGGAACGCUUCUACACGUUUCGUUAUUCCUUUCAUUUGCCUCCUGUCUCUGCUCGCGUUUGGGAGCAGUCAACUUGAUUACAAAUUUUACGAUAAUAGUUGCCCUAACCUGUCAAAAAUUAUCAGAUACGGAGUUUGGUCCGCCAUAGCUAAUGAAACAAGAAUUGCUGCCUCCCUUUUGCGCCUUCAUUUCCAUGACUGUUUCGUUAAUGGUUGUGAAGGAUCUAUCUUACUUGAUGAUAGCAGCAACUUCAAGGGAGAGAAGAAUGCAUUUCCGAAUCGAAAUUCAGUUCGCGGGUUUGAAGUGAUCGAUGCAAUAAAACAAAACCUCGAGAAAGCUUGCCCAUCCACUGUCUCUUGUACUGAUAUAUUGACUCUUGCUACAAGGGAUGCUGUAUUUCUGAGUGGUGGGCCCUUUUGGCCUGUGUCAUUGGGUCGUAGAGAUGGCUUAACAGCAAGCGAGGCUUCGGCAAACACAGACCUCCCUUCGCCUUUCGAGCCCUUGGAAAAUAUUACUGCAAAGUUCAUCUCGAAGGGGCUCGAUGUCAAAGAUAUGGUAGCUCUUUCAGGUGGCCACACAAUCGGCUUCGCUCAAUGCUCGACAUUUAAGCAAAGGCUUUUCGACUUUGACGGGGCCGGAAAUCCCGACCCAAUACUCGACGCAGCACUAUUAGGCAAUUUACGCGGCAUUUGUCCGAAUCAAGACAAUUCCGACACCAAUUUAGCUCCCUUUGAUUCGACAUCGGCCAAGUUCGAUAACAGCUAUUUCAAAAGCCUUGCAAAUAAUUCCGGGCUUCUACAGUCAGACCAAGCUCUCAUGGGUGACAAUAAAACUGCUGCUGUAGUUUUGAAUUAUAGCAAAUUCCCCUUUUUAUUUAUGAGGGAUUUUGCUUCUUCUAUGGUCAAAAUGGGUAAUAUUGCUGUUCUUACAGGGCAGGAUGGGGAGAUUCGUAAGAAUUGUAGAGUGGUUAAUUAAAUUAAAAUAAAAAUAAAAUAUGCCAGCGUGGAAUUUAAGUUAUUAAGAUGAAAUAGAUUUUCAUAUUUCUAAUAAAUGAUAAAGAUACAGG